GCCAUCCUGCGAACGCACGUUGCACACUAGCCAGCAACGGUUCGGCAGCAUGGAUGGCUUCGGGUCGUCCCGAGCUCCCGAACUACUCGAUAAUCCAACAAAAAAAAAAGGCAAAGGACUCCGGUACCAGUAAGACGAAUCCUGCAGCCGAACCUGGAGCCGAGCCAGUGUACCGAGUGCACUGGAAUGUGCGGUGUUCCCGCGCGCGCGAUAGCCAGCAAUAAAGGACGCACACACACACACACAUACACCGACAGGCGGGCAGGCGCCCGAACAGCCCGAACCAGGCCAGGUUGACGCAGUCCGAGAUCGGCAAGCAUAAUUUAGUUAGCAUACGACGGUCGGAUGCAAUGAAAUUUCGUUCCGAAACCGGUUCCCGGACGCGGUUGGUCUAGGCACUUGCCGAACGGCUCGACGGCGCUGUUUUGCGCGUGGUUUGUGGCCCACCGUUUGACGUGGCGUGCGUGUACCGCCGUACUACUGGUGCUGGUGAGGGUGUGCUCAGGUGUUUUUCUAAAGCGGCGGGCGGUAAGCGGUACGCGGUUACGGCGGCGGCCCGUUACACGGCUGGACGCUAAGGUACGGCAGAGCGCCCUGUUGGACAGGACCUUUCCUGUCCGGUGGAAGAUCCUUUGCGCGUCGUGCAAUCGUGUCCACUCGGAGGACAAAGAAGAGCCCGGGGUUUUGGAAUACGUGUUUCGCAAAGGGCAGAGUGCCUAUCACCGGUGCGUGGCGAAGAAGCAAAGCGGACAUCCAGCUGGUUUGGUGAAAGGUGCAGAAUAGGGUGCUCUGAGGGUGUGUGCGUGUGUGUGUGUGUUUUGGUGCAUCGGUUUUUGGUGUGCGUGUGUGAAGUGAUACGGUGAAUAAAGUAGUGUACGGGCAGAUCUCGAAAACAGCAAACAACAGCUCACAACAAUCAAACAAAACUCAAAUUAACGUACCAGUGAUACUAGAAUUCACCUCCAGCCCGUACCAGAUGGGACCGUUUGCUGCGUUGAAAAUGGACCAAAAUGUUGCAUACGACUGUUCCACGGCGGAAGCAACAUACUCGCCCAUUACACGGACUAUCAUACAGCCGGCUUCUGUAAGAUGACACACGCAACUACCCUUUCGGCAGCAGAGCGUUACAGGAACGGUUAGGUUUGGUUUUGCCACAGCCAGACAGGAGGCAACGUACAAUCCAACCCCACGCUUCGAUAUCAGUACCCAGUCCAGCCCCUAGACAGCGUGCAAACGUUCGGUUUCGAGCAUGAUUCGUUCCUCGGUCAGACGACGGACGACGAACGUGUUACGCACCAGCGGAAGAUCUCGGCUGGUUGCCGUGGUGUCACCGUAUCCGAUCUUUUACCUGUUUCUGUUGCUGCGAGCUGGCGCGGGUGCGAAGAUAUCGCCCGCGACCAACACCCGACAGAUAGAGCAGCGAUUCGCGAUGGAACCACAGGACCAGACGGCUAUCGUUGGAUCGCGCGUCACUCUACCGUGCCGGGUGGUGAAUAAGUCCGGUCAGCUACAGUGGACCAAAGAUGACUUCGGGCUGGGAACGCAUCGGAAUUUGAGUGGAUUUGAGCGGUACACCAUGGUGGGUAGUGACGAGGAAGGAGACUUCUCCCUGGACAUCUCUCCGGUAAUGUUAGAUGACGACGCAAAGUACCAGUGUCAAGUAGGACCCGGAAGAGGAGGAACUCCCGGAAUUCGGUCAAGAUUUGCGAAGCUCACCGUGCUGGUACCUCCGGAGGCACCAAAAAUCGUCCAGGGUGAUUUCAUGGUCACGACGGAGGAUCGUGAGAUAGAGCUGGAGUGUGUGUCGGUGGGAGGGAAACCGGCGGCCGAAAUCACCUGGAUCGAUGGGUUGGGCAACGUGCUGACCAAGGGUAUCGAGUACAUGAAGGAACCGUUACGCGAUGCGCGACGCUACACCGCCAAAUCGAUACUGAAGCUAACGCCGAAAAAGGAGCACCACAACACCACGUUCACCUGCCAGGCUCAGAACACGGCCGACCGGACGUACCGAUCGGUACGAUUGAAGUUGGAGGUGAAGUAUGCGCCGAAGGUGAAAAUUGCUGUGAUAGGAGGAGCGCUCAAUGGGGGCCGAAUACUCGAGGGUACGGAGGUACGGUUGUCAUGUCGAGCGGAUGCAAACCCACCGGAUGUAACGUUCCGUUGGUAUGUUGGUGACGAACUGUCCGACGCUAAUCAUGCCUCCGAGUUGCUGAUCACCAACAUCUCGCGAAGAUAUCACGGUACCACGGUGCGAUGCGAGGUGCGUAACGCUGUGGGCAAGAGUGAGGAAAGCGUUACGCUCGAUAUCAGUUACGGGCCGAGCUUUCGUACGCUGCCACAGUCGGUGGAGGCGGACCAGGAUACAACCGUAACGCUUAGUUGUGAUAUUGAUGGUAACCCACCGCCGGACGUGCUCUGGAUACACGAACCCUCCGAUCAGGUCGUAUCGAGCGCCACCAACGUAACGCUCGUCGUGACACCGGCCACCGCCGGUCGGUACUACUGCAAGGCGAGCGUUCAAGGUUUUGCCGAGGUUGAGGCCGAAGCGACAGUCUAUCUGCGGGGCCCACCGGCCAUCAGCUCGCCGCGCGAACAGUACGGUGCCGUACAUGACAGUGCCCAGCUCGAGUGCGUUGCUCUCUCGAUUCCCAAACCCCGGCACGUGCUGUGGUCGUUCAAUGGGCGUGAGAUUAACGUCAGCUCGGAACCGAGUGCGGCCGAGUACCGGGCGCUAGACAGUCCCACGCCGAACGGUGUUCGCUCGACGCUAAUCAUUCAUCACUGUCAGCGAGAACACUUUGGCCGGUACAACUGCACUGUCAUUAACGACUACGGUAUUGACUUUCUGGAAAUUGACUUCGUCUCCAAAGAACAAAAUCUACUACCAGUAAUCGUGUUGGGCUCGCUCGGUGGGAUCACGUUUCUGAUCAUAGUUGUUGUGAUUGGCAUAUGCUUGUGUAGUCGUCGCAAUAAAAAGAAACAUCUACCGCCAGCCGACGUCAUACCGAAGUAUGAUGUACCCGGCAAGGAUUGUGGUGAGCACGGUGGCACAACGGUCAGCACCGAGCAUAAGAUAGACCGCAUCGACGACAUGCUGGACGGUGAACACCCGCGCGACACCAUCACCACCAACAUUGCUCUAAACGUACGGUCGGCCGCCAUGCCUCAAACCGGUUCCGGUGCCAUCAGUUCAUCCCUGACAGCGCUCAAGGGUGACACAACAACCGACUACAGCCGAUACUCCGGAGACUUUUCCGACUCGCUGAGCCAUCUCCAGUGUCCGAAGGCAAGCGGUCCGGGCGGUGGAGUCGGCACCGGCAACAACAAUGGGUACGUGCCGUACGUCAACUAUGCCCGGGACUAUAGCCCGCCGACCCAGCACCUGAUGCAGUUUAAGGCGAGCAGCAGCAGCAACAGUAUCGGCAACACGCUCACCGGCAAACCACCGGCCAAGCCACCGAACGGUCAGCUCCCGACCGGGACGAUGACAUUGUCCCGCAAGCGUACCCCGGCACCGGAUCUGACCCGGCCACCCGAAACCGGCCUGCCAAGCAUCCAGAGCAGCGUGUCCUCCAUCCCGAACGGAUUAAUGAAUCAUCCAAUGCUCGGUUGCCACAUCGGGCUAGAUACGAGGUUCGGUGCCAACUACGGUACACUGCACGGUCGCGGCAGCAGCAGCCCGAUGCAGCUACCCCCACCCGCCACGGCGAACCCUGCCGCCACCCCGGCCCCACCGCCAUACAGUGCGACGCGCAACCAGAACUGUCUGCUUGGGCUGGGACUGCCGCCCGGUGGCACCGCCGCCAGUUUAGCGAGCAGCGGCAACAAUUCGGCCCUCCUGGCGACCGGCUCUAGCAGUCCGAGCUCGACCCAGUCCGGGUCACUAUCGCUCGCCAGCUCGCAACUGUCGCAGGCACCAUCCAUCGCCGGUACCGCGGCUGUCACCGCUCAAGGUCAAUUGCAGGGACAGUCACAGCAGCAGCAGCAGCAGCAGCAGCAGCAACCGAACAGCCCUCCAGGACAGUUCAUUCUUCCUGCCAGCAGCACCAUUAAGCCGGGCGUGCUGGCAACACACGUCUAAGCGCGACCGAACCGCGACCGGCAGAGCGGUAGACACACGUGUGCGGUGGUCGCAUAGAUACUUGUCAAUUCAGUUUUAACACAAAACCACAUACACAUAUAUUCAUCCCAUUCUCCUGAUAGUAGGGUAGCUAAUCCUCGUAUAAACUAAGAACUGAGCUUUACUAACCGAUCGACACACCUCAUCGAAGGAAGCACACUGAUACUCUUUGCCAACCGUCGCCAAUCGCCCGGGGCAGGGUGGAUCGACCAACAGCGCGUCCCACAUCCAUCCUCGACGAAUCCUCUAUUGCUGAGGAUCCGGACACGGCGAUACUGGCAGCACCAGCUACUUCUUCAAGCUCGGCGUUUAAGAGUGUACACAUUUUAAUCCAACACAAGGUAGGUUUUAUCUCGGUGGUCCACGACCAGUCUGUCCGAGGUAUCUAACGCCUCCCAAGCAACAAGAAGCGGCCUGGCAAUAUCCCCCAAAUUUCUGACAACGAAGGCCAACAUCGGUGCCCUUCCCUUAUCGUGUAUAUCGCAAAGACUAACUUUCCGAAACCGAAAACUUUCUAAUCUCGUGCAACAAAAGAAUUAAAGCAAAGAAGAAAAAAAAAACCCAACACAUAUCCAAACGCUGAUAAGAUAUAGCCUGAUCUAAGGUAACGCAAAAGGAAAAAGAACGAAAAAAAAGUAACAACACAUUCUAGCAUUAAUUAAUCCGCGCGGUCCGGGGCGGUACGGAUUUGUUAAUAUAUAUAGGUCAAUACUACUGAUAUCGUUAUCGUAAGCGCUUUGAGCCUAACGUGUAAGGAGACUCUGUCUGAGCUAGUGCAAUGUCGAGGUUCACCGUUUUUUGCGCUUCCGUUCGUUCCGGUUUUUUGGUUUGCGUUUUGUUUUUCGCAUCGCACCCAGCCUGUCAGCCAGCCUGAAUGUAGUCAUGAAUAAGUGUGGCCUUGUUCGAUGUAUCCGCCUCUCUCGCAUGGACACACACACACCGACACAAGCGGGCAGAAGCCUCGUGAGCGUGUCUCGUGUGCAUUCUUCAAGAAGCUCUCUACUGGCACUGUCGAAUUAAAUCUGUUUUCGUUGCACGGCUAAAGAUUUUAAUGAAAAAAAAAAGAAUUUUAUUGUUCUCUAAUGUUUCCCUUUAGAGUCAAAAAAAGAGAGAGAAAAAACACACACACACUCACAUUCUAACCUCCCUCCAAAGAUCGUGCUCUCAUGUACAGUUUAGCUUAGAUUUUAAUCAAAAAACCGGAGGUUGUACGAUUGGUUGGUAGUUCGCGUUUGGAGUUCGAACCGUGAAAUUCCAGUACAGCCUAACUCCACCUGUGCCACAUCCAUAUCAAGUCCUCAUAUCACGAGUCCCGAACGAAAAGCAAGUCUCGCACCGAGGAACGCCGGCCGCCAUCUUGGCUGCGGUGAACACUCAACCUGUGCGUGGUUGUGCAUGAAUCAGAAGUAUUACCUUGUCCGGCUUUAAAGAUGCACACCUGCUGUACCAUAUCAUGAAAUAGGAACCAACACACUUUUGGUACAUCCCGAGACUCUUGACUUGAGCUUUAGGACAGCGAAACCGUUUUUAACCAUAGCCCAGUUCUAAUAUCUCCGUUGGAAUGAUAUAUUCUGUCGUUGGAAGGUGGACGCUUAUGCAGUUAUUAAUUCUAGUGCUAAAAACAGUUUGGAGACAUUCGCGUAGUUAAUGGUUGAAGAUGAUAUAUUUGAUGCCCUGCCCUAGUCCAUGCACAAACCCUUCCUGCGAUCUAUUUUGUCCGGAUACGAUUCGGACCCGCAUCGAUUUGUUUCUUAUUUUGUUUUUGAGCAUUAAAAACAAUGUACGAAAGUCUCAACAGCUCUGGCGAAUCGUGAUGUCAAAUUAUGAACAAACUCUGUCAGAUUUUGUUGCAGAACUUCACCGUUUGACAGGCUUUUCAAAGCUGACAGUAGAGUGGCAGUGGCAUUCCCUGGUCUUGAAUAUGAGAUUCUUGGUUCCAGGAUCUCCAACUCCAAACCCUGCUCUCAGAUCUCAAAUCACUCACAGGAGAUCCUAGAUUUUUUUUUCGUGAUCUCACACCAGGAGUCCUGGUUUCCAAGGAAAAUAUCCAAAACUUCGAAUCAGAGAUCUUGAAAUCGAAAAUCAGAGGUCUGGAAUUUCAAAUUUAAACAGUUUCAGGAUUCCAGGGCGGAUAUCUAUAUUCUCAAGCAUGGUAUCGUAACCGAAAUCCGAGAUCAUGAACCCUAGAAGCCAAAACCAUGGAUUAAACAUCUCUCAAUUGUAAUAUCAAGUUUCAAACAUUGCCUUCAAUAUAACUUUCCAGAAUUUGGAAUCAAAGAGCCCGAAAUUGCAAAUCAGAGAUCCAGAAUUUAAAAUUGGAAAAGUUUCAGGAUUCGAGGGAAGAGUACUAUUAUCUCGUCCAAGGUGUAAUGACUCUUGAACUAGAGCAUCAGGAUCGCCAGUAAUUCAGGAACAAGAAUCCUAGGAAUCAAAAUAAGAGACUGAACGUCUCUCAUUUGCAAUAUCAAGUGAGACCGAUGUUCUCAAUGCAACAACAUCCGUAAUAUUCCAGAACCUCGAAUCAGAUAUUCGAAAAUUGAAAAUCAGAUAUCAUAAUAUAUACAAAUUUGAGUUCCAGAAAUUCCAGAGCAGUGGUCCUUAUUUUCAAGGAUCUUAGCUCUUAAACCAGAGAUUCAGAAUCGCCUUCGAGAUCAAGAACCCUAGCAACCAAAAUAUGAGAUUUCAAGUCUCUCAAUGAUUAUAUCAAGAGAGAACGUUGCCUAACUUUUAUCACGUCAUCAACCACAUGCUCUGCCACUUUGAAGAUACCUAAUAUCAUCACAAAAAUGAUCCCUGAAUGUGAUCGAAAUUGGAUAAUGCUUUGCUGCUCUGCCGUUUGCUUUGCCGAUCAUGUCCUGAUGCCAAAUCACACAACGCACCUCUCGAUUGUUGUUAUAGGUGCGCCUAAAGUUAUGCAAGCUACCUAACAGAAAGCUGUUCUUGAAUUCGAUAUGAUUUUCAACUGCUGCGUUUUACGCGAAGCAAAAACAAAGUACGCCUGCCUGCCAGAAACUAUCUUUGACACUGUGCACAGCUGUGGAAAGCUUUCGAUAAACACCCCAAAACUGUUACUGCAACAAAUGCUGCAUGAAGUAUUAAAAAAACGGAAAUCAUCCAUUAAAAAAGCGAAACAAAAAUAAGGAAACAACCAACGUCACGCCAUUUAUUCUACUCCCCCCUACCCAUUCUCACGUUCUCUUACACUCACGCCUAACUACACUUACUACUAACCAUACGAUUUGCUAACCCAUUUCCCUGAUUGCUGACACUCAUAUACAGAGAAAAACAUACACACACACUCACAAACAGUAAGAUAGGUUGUUUAAACGAAUUUUGGGUCACUCAUUUUUGGCGAUGCGCUAAAAGAAAUAGAUAGAGAUAAUGGAGGGAAAAGGAAGGUGAAAAAGAAGAAUAGACAGAGAGAGAUAUAUAAAAAACAAAGAGAGAGAGAGAGAGAGAGAAAAGAAAAAACAAGAGUAAACUAGAGAAGGAGCAUAAUGAAGCCCGAAUCCCAUUUACCGUAUAAGCAAAUGUCUAGAUAACGAAGGAAUUAUAGAACUGCUUGCUCUAAAUAUAACGCAAAACAAAGACAAGAAACAAAAUAAUGAACUCUCUUAACACACCAACACACACACACACAUACAAACACACACAUUGGGCGAUGAAAUAUCCACUUUUCGUAGUGAUAGCUAGAUAGAGUACAUUUUUCAAUUCAAACAUUCCAAACAAACAAAAAACCAAAACAACAAGAACAACAAAAAAAAGAAACAAAAACAAACAAAGAAAAACGUCAAAAACAGCAAAACAUAAGAGCGAAACAAGAGAGCAUUUAUUUUAAAUGCGAUUAUAUUCCCAGCAUAACGUAUUGAAUGCCAUCAUGUUGUAUAGGUUGGUUUUUCUCUUGUGUUUUUACCUUCCAUCAUGCUAAACACGAAAAACCUGGAAAAAACAAAAAAUAAAUUUUAUACAAAAGAUGCAAACAAAA